CUGGUUCCGGCGGAAGCGGCCGGUUGCGCAUGCGCGUCUCCUUUGCCUCGGGCGACGGGCGGGCGAGGCGGUGAGUGAGGCGGGGGGCCCGGAGCGGGAGGGGCCCAGCAGGCGCGGCGCCUCCCGAGGAGUCCCGGGCAGACUGCCGCUGGGCCUGGAGGCUCCGCGAGGAGCGCCGCCCCGGUGGUGCUGCGGAGGGAGGCUCAGCUGCGGCCCCGGCUCCGGGAGGCAGCCGGAUGAGGCCCCUCGAGCCCGGCCAGAGCCACUCUGCCUGGUCGCCAUCCCCUUUUAUUGAUUUUCAGUUUUAUACACUUCAAUAAUUUUGCAAUCAUUUUAACAUUUCAAAACUCGACUUCCUUCCCCCUCUUGAUUUUCCUUAAAUUUAUUUUUAAUGUUUUCUGCAUAUUCCAAAUUAAUUUACUCAUUUAUUCAUCUACUUUAAAUACAUACUCUCUUAAAACUGCGGGUUAUUACAGUAAUCCUGCCAAUGUUCUUAUCUGUUUAGUUUGUUUGUAAAUAUUUAAUAAAUAUUCAAUAAACCAUUUCUAUUGUUUUAUAAAAAGUUUGUUAUUUUGAUUUAUUUUUCUGGUAAGUUUCUCUAUUUCUGCAUAUUCCAUAAGUUUUUGUAUCCAUUCUUCUUUUGCUGGGACUUUCCAUUUUUGGGCAAGCAACAUUCUUGCCGCUGUAGUCUCAUACAUGGAUAAAUUUCUAUACAGUUUGGGUUUGGGUAGUUCUGUCCCUAUAAUUCCCAAAAGGAAGGCUUCUGGGGGUUUUUUACAAGUUUGUCAUUUUAAACAUCUUUUUCAGUUCAUUAUAUAUUGUAUCCCAGUAAGCUUCAACCUUACUACAAGACAGCACAUAUGAUAAAAAGAACCUGCCUGGUCACCAUCGCUAGCCUUACCACCCUCUGUGAGUUUGCCCAGUCCUCUCCGGAGGCCCUGCGAGUUAAUAGCCACCGCUGCCUCCUGCGGGAGGGAGUUCCGUCACUUAACAAUGUGCUUCCUUGGGUCUGUCCUGAAUCUUCCAAUGCGCACCUCACUUGUCAUCAUUAUUAUAUUUCUUUGUUGCAUUUAGGCACCACCUUUUCUUUCAAGAGCUCAAGCUGAUUCUCCCCCUCCUGGGUCCCCACAACAGCCCUGUGAGGUAAGCUGAGGCAGUGACUCCCCCAAGGUCACCCAGUGAGCUUUAUGGCUAGUUGGGGAAUUCAAACCCUGAUCUCCCAGGCCCUCAUCUGACACUCUUAACACCAAUGUCAUGUGCUAUGAGAGGGAGAAGAGCCUCUAUUCACUUACUCCUAUCUUGUCAUACCUCUUGCUCACCUUUUCUCUUAAUUAAAAAGUCCCAAAAUCGGGGAGGCACACAUACCCUGAAUCAUUUUAUAUUGGGGUAAUUGUAGGAAUAACCAGGAGGGAGAGUGGGCAGCAGCAAAGGUUAAGAUUGUAGAGGAACCUGGGGCCAGGUUUAGGAGUAGAGGCAAGGUGGCUUGUGUGUGUGCCAGAAGACAGUAUUUUGGGAGAUGAGGGGCAGGCAGGGGAUCACAUAUAGACACGGAGUGGGGAAAGGAAUGGCCAGAGGGAAAGAGCUAGGUCAGGGAGCAGGUUGAAGGGUUGGGGAGUGUGCACAGGGAGCUUCCUGGGUUAUUUCUUCAUCUUCUGCUUCCUCUCCCCAUACCUAUGCCAGUUUCUUACUCCAACAAGGCAUCAUGUCGCUGUCCCAUUUGUACGGCAAAAAUGACGCUGCUGCUGAUGACGAUGUGGAGAUGGAGAAAUUUGAGAUCACCGACUGGGACCUUCAGAAUGAGUUCAAUCCCAACCGGCAGCGCCACUGGCAGACCAAGGAGGAGGCCACCUAUGGCAUGUGGGCUGAGCACGAUUCUGAUGAUGAGAGGCCCAGCUUUGGGGGCAAACGGUACUGGCCCCCCGAGGAAGUGAUCGGGAAUGUUGUGAUUUGUGAGGCUGUUCUUGAAGGUUCUGCACCCCUGUUUCCAAACCCUUGAUUAAUACAUCCCUUGAUUGUAUAUGUUAGCUUCUGAUUUUGCGAUAUUAACUUGACAAGUAGCAUAGAUGUCUCUCAACAGUGAAUUUAAUCAGGAAAAAGCUAUCUCAUGUCUAAAUGCAUAUCUGUAGACUACAGAAACAUCUCUGAAUAAAUGUAUUUUUUCUUAACCCAGGUCUAAAGAUUACUCGGCGCCUGUUAACUUUAUCAGUGCUGGGCUAAAGAAGCCAGCAGCUGAUGAGAUAACAGAUGAAGAUUCUGAUGAGGAUGAGAAGCCUCUGAAGCAGGAAGAAAUCCCCAAAGAGUUUGUGCCAAAGAAGUUAAAGACAGUGAGUUCUUAGUUAAUUGGGCCAUAAAUCACUGCAUUUUAAUUGUGGUUCUGGAGUGUCUUAAAGAACCUCAGGAAGCACUAACCACAACAGGAAGAACCACACAAUCUGGAUUUUGUUGGUGUGGAAUGUGCACAGUCUCAACUAUAAACACCCCAAGUAAAUGUCUGGACUGAGACACACCAAUGCUUUAGUAAUAGAGCUGUCAGUAGAGCCAGGCACUGAAUGAACUAGGACAGGGGUCAGCAAACUUUUUCAGCAGGGGGCUGGUCCACUGUCCCUCAGACCUUGGGGGGGGGCAGAUUUAUUUUUUGGGGGAGAAAUAUGAAUGAAUUCCUAUGCCCCACAAAUAACCCAGAGAUGCAUUUUAAAUAAAAACACACAUUCUACUCAUGUAAAAACACCAGGCAGGCCCCACAAAUAACCCAGAGAUGCAUUUUAAAUAAAAGGACACAUUCUACUCAUGUAAAAACACCAGGCAGGCCCCACAAAUAACCCAGAGAUGCAUUUUAAAUAAAAGGACACAUUCUACUCAUGUAAAAACACGCUGAUUCUUCGACCGUCCGCCGGCCGGAUUUAGAAGGCGAUUGGGCCAGAUCCAGCCCCUGGGCCUUAGUUUGCCUACCCAUGAACUAUGAUAUUUAAUUCAUCUUUUUGUGUGUGUUUUAACAGGGUGGCAAUUUCAAACCGAGCCAGAAGGGCUUCAUAGGAGGAACCAAAUCUUUUAUGGACUUUGGUAGCUGGGAGAGGCAUACAAAAGGAAUUGGGCAGAAACUUCUUCAAAAAAUGGGCUAUGUGCCUGGAAGGGGCCUUGGAAAGAAUGCUCAAGGUAUGGCCCAGCACCCCACUUGAUCUGUUGUACAGGCUUUUAAGAAGACCCCAGGAAAACAAAAACCAAGUUGGUAUCUGCCUUUCUUUCUCCUUCAAGCAGAAUCAGCCUAUCAGUUAAUUUUGAUCUGUAUGUAAAACUGGCACAGAAAUUGUAAACCAGCCUUGGCCAACCUGACCGUCAGCUGUGCUGGCAGAGGCUGAUGGGACUUGUAGUUAACACAUCUGGAAGGCACCAGGUUGGGGAAGGCAUUAAACAGUGGCUACUUGCAAAGAUUCUGGUUAACAUGAAAUGUCCAGAUAGGAAAAUUGCACUUCAUCCAGGAUGAACAGUAGGGGAAGCAGCAGCACUCCUUUCCCAGAGUGCCACAGGGCUAAUUAACUGCCUGGCCCUUUAAGACCAAGAGAUGCAACCCCAUCAGCUCUUUUUGAUGUGGGUGGGGAAAUAUAUGGGGGGCAGGCUUUCUGAAAAUAGAAGAGCCAACCAGGGCUCAAGCGCAGGGAAUAGUAGAGCUGCUGCUGGGCUAUUUUGCCUCCAUUUCCAGGCAGCUCUGAUCGUUCUGUGUUCUUAUAUUCACUUCACUAACACCUGUGAAUUUUCUUAGGUAUCAUCAACCCUAUUGAAGCUAAGCAGAGGAAAGGCAAGGCAGCCAUAGGGGCGUAUGGCUCUGAGCGAACCACACAGUCCUUGCAGGACUUCCCUGUUGUUGACUCAGAUGAAGAGGCAGAGGAGGUAUUCCCGCCCCCCCUUUCCUUCUCCUCAUUUCUCCCCCUCCCCCAACUCUCCUCAUUGCCACAUUUGGGGACCUGUGUGGAAGAAAUGUAGUGAUUUCUUACAAUGGUGUUUACAUCCUAACAAAAACUGCCUUCUGCAUUUGACUGUUGUAUCUGGCUCUGUGCGUGAGAGCAGCUGUGAUCCCUGCACUGCAGAGGGUUGUACUAGAUGAUGCUUUGGGUCCCUUCCAACUCUACAAUUCUGUGAUUCUUUCUUCCCUUGGCAAACGUUUAAACGGGGUACAAAGCAGUUCUUGGAACCUGGGUUGGCAGUUCAUUUCUGUACACAUAACAGCUUAUGUUGGCAGCUGGUAGGACUGAGAGAGUUAAAGCCUUGCUUUUUGCUUUCAGGCAUGUCCUGUAGAAGACCAUAUUGUGGACCAGAGCUAGGGUUGGUUGGUGCCUGUUGGCGCAGACCUUUAAAAGAGUGAACCCCCCUCCCCUCCCCUGGACAUAGUCCACUGGCAAUAUUCCCUGCUCAGCCCCAGACCAAGGAAAGGGUUUGGUGCUCUGCAGUCCCCAGUGGAGUGUUUCCUCCUCCAUCUUGCACUUCUCCCAUCUCUUCUUUCAUCCCAGGAGUUCCAGAAGGAGCUCAGCCAGUGGCGGAAGGACCCAGGUGGGGGCAAGAAGAAGCCAAAGUACACCUACAAGACUGUGGAGGAACUGAAAGCGAAAGGCCGGGCUGGGAAGCAACUGUCGGCACCUCAGAAGGAGCUGGCACAAGUGAAGGUGAGGCUGAUUGUCCAAAGCAAGAUGGGGCAGGUUUCAGAAAAACUUAGAAAGAGCCUGCUGGAUAAGGCCAAGGAGGCCCCAUGUAGUUCAUCAUCUUCUGACAGUGGCCAACCAGCUGCAUGUGGGAAAUCCACAAGCAAGGUCCAAGCAUGAGAGCGCUCGCUCCUGCGGUUUCCAGAAACUGGUCUUUGGGAGCAUUGCUGCCUUCAACAGUGGAGACACAGCAGAGCCGUCCUGGCUAGUAACUACUCAGAGCGCUCUCCUCCUGGCUCAUUCUCUGACCUUUGUCCUCAGCGAGGGGGAGCUUUGACUGGCUUGUAACAGGUCCCUCUGCUGAGGGAAAUACAGAAGAUGAUGACUACAUCCACGAUGAGCCAAGGAAGCUUUUCUCCCAGGUUCAAGAGUUAGCUGUCUUUUUCCUUAAUAUUCCUCCAUGAUUGAGGUUGUAAGCAGAUGACUGGCAUGACCUAUUCUGACCUGUUAGCUCUUGUGCCCUUUCAUGCUGGCAAGUCCAAACCUGCCUCUGUAUGUAAUGCUUGAAAAGCAACAGAGAGCUCUGCUGCAUUCUGGAACAAUUGCCUGGCUUGAUUUAAACUGGAAAGGGAAGUCAAGAGCCCACGUGCUCCCUAGAAGCCCAAAUCCUUGACAUACAGAAGUACAGCUCUUAAAAACGGCCGGUUGGCAUUGGGUGUCUGUGGUUAAUUUCAUUAUUGGCUCAUGAGCCCUAGGGCUAAGUCCUGCCCUGUCCUCUGAAAUAAAUGGUAGUCAGCCCUUGGGUUUCCCAGGAGAAGAGGGCAGGGGUGGACCCAAGGUCACACUGGGGUAAGUGGGAGUGGAGAGACAUGCCCUGACCCUUGUGAACCAUUCCCUUGGAGCUUGCAGACGGUCCCAUCACUGCAAAUGGCAAAAAGUGUUGGGCUGUGUACCAAACUUAGGUUUGCAUCUGGAAUACACAAGCUUUGGAAUUUGAAUUGACUGGACUUUGAAAGGUCGCCUACUACUCCAGCAGCCCAAAUUGGCCCUCUGAAAAGUAUUGUUUUACCCUCUUUGUAUAGAUUCUGCUCACCAGGGCACCAUGAAGCAGUACCUGCUGUUGGUUGAAAGUGGUCUUGUAACUUGUUCGGGGUUUUCUGUUUGUUUGCUUGUUUGGAAGGUGAUUGACAUGACUGGCCGGGAGCAGAAAGUCUAUUACAGCUACAGCCAGAUCAGCCAGAAGCACAACAUCCCUGACGACAACCCCCAGCUGCCUCCACCGCUGGGCAAGGACUCCAAGGCACAGGCCUUCAGUCUGCCUGAACUGGAGCACAACCUGCAGCUCCUCAUUGACCUGACGGAGCAGGAGAUCAUCCAGAAUGACCGGCAGCUGCAGUACGAGAGGGACAUGGUGGUCAACCUGACCCAUGAGAUCGACAAGAUGGCGGAGGUCCUGGAGCGGGAGGAGGCAGACACGCGCAACCUCAGCGAGGUCCUGGAGCUGGUGGAGGAGUGUGAGAGGCGGAUGCAGCCCAACUGCAAGGACCCCCUGACACUGCCUGAGUGCGCCAGGAUCUUUGAGACCCUCCAGGACAAAUACUAUGAAGAGUACCGGAUGUCUGACCGCGUGGACCUGGCUGUGGCCAUUGUCUUCCCUCUCGUCAAGGACUACUUCAAAAACUGGGACCCUCUGAAGGUGGGUGGGUUCAGAGACCAGGAGCAGCAAAAGGGCCAUGCCAAUUGGGGGGCCAAACACCCACAUUUGCUGGCCAAGCUCAGCUUCCCAAACCCCAAUUGUCCUUCUGCCUAUAAAGGGUUUCUUAAUUACUUUUUUUCUCGCUCUCCCUCCAAUGAGUUUAGCAGGGGAGUGCAAACAUUUUAUUCUUUUUAUCCUCACAACCAGCGGCGGAGGAAGGGGUGUGUGGUGAGUGCGGGCCACCCCGGGUGUCAUCACUGAGGUGGGGGGGGACACACACAAAAUGACAAAAAUACGAGUUUUUAUAUAUAUAUAUAUAAAAUAAAUAAAUUAAAAUAGGGCUCACUAAAGCUUUUACUUCAGUCAACAAAUGUAAAGAAAUGCGGCUGACACUGGGUGCCACACUGCAGGGGCCGGCAUUACUACGGGGCCUGCAGCGUGCCUGAGCCACGUGUAUUUCCUGGGAGUGAGGUAGUGGCUUGAGCGCCUGUAGGCUUGGCGCUGCCUGAAAUGGCAGCGUGAGGCUUGCGUCUGCCCACUGCCUCUCCCUCAGCCUCCCUACAGCUGAAGGGGAGGCUGCGGAGAGGCUCCACACAACAUGGGUGGCUCACCCCGCCCCCAGCUGCAGGAUGCACGCUCCGCACCGGGCACCUAUGCCGCUGCUCCUCACAACAACCCUGUGAGGUAGGCCAGGCUGAGAGAGAGUGACUGGCGCAUGGUCACCCUGUGAACUUUGUAGGUGCAUCUCCCUAGCCAAGAGUCCUACACUCUGGCCAUCGCACCCCAAAAGCGUCCAGGGUGAGGAACACCUUACCAAAUAGAAAGCCUUCCAAAUAAACCCAAUACGCCAUGCCAGCCUUGGGGAAAGAGCUGUCCCCUUUCUCCAAAUAGGAGCUCCCUUUUUUUCGUUUGACUCUCAAUUGCCUUGUACACCUAACACACUGCCUCUCCUCUCCUCUCCAGGAUCACAUGUAUGGCACUGAUAUCCUAGCCAAGUGGAAGAGCUUGCUGGAAAACGACCAGUUGCUGUCGCACGGUGGGCAGGACCUUGCCUCGGAUGCUUUUCACAGGUGAACAUAGCGUCUGUGCAGGUUUGGCAGGGAAGUUUCUCUCCAAGGGAGGAGCAGCCCUGUGCUGGUCAAACAGGCCUGGCUAAUCCAAUUCCUUCCUUAAUGCUGCGGGGAGGAUUUUCUUAAUAAUAAUUAUAUAUUGCACUUAUUAGUUGCUUUUUUAUAGAUACAAAAGUAACUGAAAGUGCUUUACAAAAAAAGGGAGCACAUAAAUUUAAGCCAACACGCAUUCAUAAUUAUAAAAAGGCAUUGAAGCAGGCCACAUAUAUCAAAACCCUCCAAAUCAAAGGCUGAAGGCCUGAUGGAAAAAAAGUGUUUUUGCCUGGCACUUAAAAAUACUGUAGAUAUAGGCAACUCCCACUAUGUUGUCCAGUGCCAAACCUGGAAGUGACCCAAAAAUGUCAUAAAAGAUGUCACUAACAGGGCAGGGUGGAGGGCUGCGGUGGCGGAACAGGGUGCUUCAAUUACAGUUUCAUACAAGCACACAAUGACCCGGAACACAACCCCCAUGCAACUGGGGAGACAAUUCCAUAAAUGGGGAGCUACCACUGAGAAUGGUACCCUUCAUGCUUCCCUCAGAGGGAACACAUGGAGAAGGGCCUCGGAUGACUAACCCAGGCUCCAGGUUGGUUCAUGCGGGGGGGGGGGGCGAGGUGGUGCUUGAGUUAUUGGGGUCCUGAGCCACGAAAGGUUUCAUAGGUCAAAGCCAGCACCUUGAAUUGAGCCCAGAAGUGAAUUGCAAGCCAGUUGUGCCAGAAGUGGUAUUAUAUGGUUCAGACUACCCCUGCAUUGGGUCAAUAAAAUUUUAUUUUUCAAAUUUUAUAAGCAUCAGUUUAAAAGAAAAGCAAAACAAUAAACUUAUCCCCUUGGACUUCCCUCCCCCCCUUUUGUGGACCCUUAUAUUAUAGUUUCUCCCCCUGCAUCUCCUUAAUAAUUCCAAUUUUUACUAAAUCUUUACUGUGCUGGUCAAUAAGCUGGCUGUUGACUUCUGCACCAGCUGCAGUUUCCAAAUUGUCUUCAAAGGCAGCUCCACACAUCAUGCAUUGCAGCAAUCUAACCAGAAGGUGACCAUAGCAUAGGCAACAACCUGCUUCAUCCCUGACGUCAGCCUUGCAGGCUGGGUCUGAUGGGAGCCGGGAGUCCAGCAAAAGCUUUGGAGCAGCCCAUGCACCUCCUUUCUCUGGUUAUAUUGUAGUAACACGUAGGCUUGAAAUGCAAAAGCUGAUGACAUGGAAAAGCAUUUUGCUGCCUAUAUACCCUUGAGUCCAUCAAACUUGCUCAGGCAUGUGUACCUCACGAGAGAGAGAUUUCAGACUUGCCCUAAGCCCAAGAGAGAAGCUGGGAAAGGAGGUUUUGAAGACACAGUAGCUGCAUUUGCAUUGUCCAUCAGAAGGAAAUCUCUUAAAGCACCCCUAGUUCCUACUGAAGAAGCAAAGUGUGGUUUGGAUCUGCCCCUGGCCCCGCUCAAUUGAGAUUUUUAAUCCUUCAGGUUGAUGUGGGAGACUUGGAUGCCGUACGUGCGGAACGUGGUAGCACAGUGGCAGCCCCGGAACUGCAUCCCGAUGGUGGACUUCCUUGACAGCUGGGGGCACAUCAUUCCUGUUUGGAUACUAGACAACAUUCUGGACCAGCUGAUCUGCCCCAAGUUGCAGAAAGAGGUAGAGGAGGGGCUCUUGGGGCUCCUCUCAGGCCCACUGGGCGUUGAAGUUUCAGCAGGGCUCGUUGCGCGGGGCAGGAGGCUUAACCAGAAAGCCCUUGUUGCGAAGGCAGCGUGGUGUAGAGGUUAGAGCAGGAGUCAGCAACCUUUUUCUUUUUUUUUAAAGAUAUUUAUUAAAGUUUCAAGAAAUACAAAAAAAAAAAAAUACAGAGUACAAAAAAAAAAGAAUAACUUUUUAAAAUAUAACAAAAAAAUAAAGAAUAAAAAGGAAACAUACAAAAUAAAACAGUUAAAAAGACAUUGAUUUUCCAAACCUAUCUUCCCUACACUUAUUUCCCGGACCUCCUCAUACCUCCCUUUUUGUAUUCCAGUUCAGUUUGUUAGUUCAGCAAAUCCUUACCAUUAAACUUUUACCCAAUUGUUAGCCUUUUUCAUAUCUCUUAAAGCAUUACAGCUAAAAACCUCUUAGUUUCUAUCCAACAUCCUUCUAAGAUUCCUUAAUUUUGCAAUAUUUCUGUAAAUAGUCUUUAAAUUUCUUCCAGUCUUCUUUCACCGACUCUUCUCCCUGGUCUCGGAUUCUGCCAGUCAUUUCCGCCAAUUCCAUGUAUUCAAUCACCUUCAUCUGCCAUUCUUCCAAAGUGGGUAGAUCUUGUGUCUUCCAAUACUUUGCAAUGAGUAUUCUUGCUGCUGUUGUUGCAUACAUAAAAAAGGUUCUGUCCUUCUUUGGCAACCUUUUUCAGCCAUGGGCUGUCCCUCAGACCAUGUGGUGGGCCGGACUAUAUUUUGGGGAAAAAAAUAUGAACGAAUUCCUAUGCCCCACAAAUAACCCAGAGAUGCAUUUUAAAUAAAAGGACACACUCUACUCAUGUAAAAACAUGCUGAUUCCCAGACCGUCCGGGGGCCGGAUUGAGAAGGCGAUUGGGCCGCAUCUGGCCCCCGGGGCUUAGGUUGCCUACCCUUGGGUUAGAGGAACAGACUAGAGCCUGCGAGACCCGGGUUCCAAUCCCUAUAUGGCUGCAAAGCUCACUGGGUGACCUUGUACCAGUCACUGCCUCUCAGUCUGCCUACCUCACAGGAUUGGUGUGAGGGAUUAAAUGAGGGAGGAAAGAACUACAUAUGCCACCUUGAGCUCCUUGGAGAAAAAGGUGGGAUAGAAAAGCAGUAAGUUAAUGCCUCUGGGUGUCCCAUAAGGCUUACUGCUGCUCUUGCUUCAAGGUGGAAAGCUGGAAUCCCCUGACGGACACGGUCCCCAUCCACUCGUGGAUCCACCCCUGGCUGCCCUUAAUGCACACCCGGCUCGAACCACUCUACUCGCCCAUCCGCAACAAGCUGUCCAACGCCCUCCAGAAAUGGCACCCCAGCGACUCCUCGGCCAAGCUGAUCCUGCAGCCCUGGAAGGAGGUCUUCACCCCGGGGUCCUGGGAGGCCUUCAUGAUCAAGAACAUUGUGCCCAAGCUGGGUGAGUCAGUCCCCCCAGGGCUGCCUUUGCAGCAGACCAGGAGGCGGGCGACGGGUUGGAGGCCUUGCGGGAAGCAGCCUUCUUCUAAAACAGACCACAGGUCCAUUUAGCUCCGCAUUGCCUACACACACAGUGACUGGCUCUCCGGGAUUUCUGGCAAGGCACGUUCCCUGUCCUGCAUGGAGACAGUGACACGGGUUGAACCUGGACCUUCUUGCAUGCAGAAUGGGUGCCCUGCCUCUCAAGAAACCCUUCUGGGGUUAAGGAAGCAGGACUUUCCCACAGAAGCACAUGCAAGAGGAGCAGAGACCAAAGCGUGGGCAUGCAGAAUUUGCACGUGCCUUAAACUCACUUUAAUUCUUGCUGAUCCAAUGAUUUGGGUUUGUUAGUUUGCUAGGUAGGUAGGGUGUCGGUUUGAGGCAGGGUGGAUAGUGGGGUCAGGCAGGUAGCAGCCUCCGGAGCUGAUUUUGGCUCUGGAACACUUUUCCUAUUGGCUUGCUGUCUUGCUGAGUUACAAAUUAAAAAAAUUCCUUCCAGUAGCACCUUAGAGACCAACUAAGUUUGUUAUUGGUAUGAGCUUUCGUGUGCAUGCACACUUCUUCAGAUACACUGAAACAGAAGUCACCAGACCCUUAUAUAUAGUGAGAGGGUGGGGAGGGUUCACCCAUUCCCACCACCCUUCUGAGUAAUACCCCUCCCCACCCUCUCACUAUAUAUAAGGGUCUGGUGACUUCUGUUUCAGUGUAUCUGAAGAAGCGUGCAUGCACACGAAAGCUCAUACCAAUAACAAACUUAGUUGGUCUCUAAGGUGCUACUGGAAGGAAUUUUUAAAAUUUGUUUCUAUUGCUGAGUUACGUGAAACUGAUAUGGGGUAGGAAGUACAGGGUUGAUGCUUUGCAGCUGUCAGCUAUACUCCAUCCCAUUCUCCCUAUUUGGGCUGCUCUUGGGGGCAGAAAACGUUUGGGGUUGGAGUCAGCGCAAUGUUUUCUCCAGUGUAGUAAUCUAGGGCAGCCACCUCCAAUCUGGCACUUCCCAUUGUCCUCAGUCACUACGAUUGUACAUUAGUGGGGCAGAUUGAAAGUGCUUGGCUGGUGAAGGCUGGUCCAGCUGAUGAUCCAUGGCAGAGCUCAGGGGGAAGUGUAUCCAAGUGAGGAAGGAACAGGGAGUUCAGCAGUUGCUCUCUUACAGCUUGAAAGAGCUUUUGGGAUCCUCACUAGAGAAAGUUGUUUCUGAAGUGAAGGACCUGAGGCAGGAGUUGAUAAUGCAGGUGAGGUGCGCGCAGGUGAGCUGCAUGCAAGCUGCCGGCCACCUCUGUGGAGGCUCCUUUAUUGACACAAAUAUGCAAACCCAGGCAGAUACAUUUUGGGCUGUGACCUUUAUACUUCUUCCAGUCCCAAGCUCGUGGUGUGGUACAAAGUUAUUUUGGCACCUGUUUCCACCGCGUCAUUUUCCCCUUGCACAGUGUAUGACAAAGGAGACAAAGGUCACAGACAGGACACCGCAGACUACUGAGAUCACAAAAGGUUAGACAGAGGGCAUGAUGUUCAGACAGCUGUGGCUUUGUCUGUGAGGGGGAGUGUGCUCCGCACCCCAAGGUCACGCGUGCAGGCAGGCUGAGGCUGCGGGUGGGGAGUGUGCUCCGGACCCAGCGAUCAUCCCUACAAAGUUUAUCUUGGUUGCAGCUUUGCUGGUUUCCCUGAGGGGAGAACAUCAACAAUUUGGGGGGGGGGGUGCACGUGCAAAGAAGUCCCUCUGCUCUCUAGGCUGAGCUGGUUUAAGCUUGCUGUCGUCUCCACAUUCCUCCACAGGCUUGUGUCUGAACGAGCUGAUGAUCAACCCCCACCAGCAGCACAUGGACUCCUUCUUCUGGGUGAUGGACUGGGAAGGGAUGAUCUCUGUCUCUAGCCUUGUGGGGAUCCUGGAGAAGCACUUCUUCCCCAAGUGGUUGCAGGUGUGUGACUCCAGCAGUGUCCGGCUGGGUUCAGCCACACUUUUCCUUAGGGACAUCUGAGGUUGCCACAAACAGCAGUGUUGGGUUUUGUGAACUCACAUUCAGUUCAGCUUUUGCUUAAGGGUGGCUCCAGGGAAGAGGCAGUAAGGAAUCCCCACCCUGCCCCCGGUACCCCUGCUGAAAUGGACUGGAGCCCUGCAGCUUGGCAGGCUCACCUGAUUUAUCUGUUUGCCACAAAACUUUUAUUACGGCUGUUUUUAGAACAACAACAACAAAAGUGCAAAGUCCUCUCUCAAAGGCAGAUCUUCACCCAUGUCUCAUACAGAAGGGGGUGCCCCCUCAGCUCUCACCUGGGAGCUUCCCUUUCCUCUCCCAGCCUCCCACCCUGGGAGCUCUUCCUUUCCUUGCCUCUCACACAGGGUCUUUCACCAGCCAGCCAUCACCUUCGUGUACACACAGUCCAGAGUAGAGGACCAGAGAGAUGUGAUAACCAAGAUUUACAACUCAGUUAUCAUUAAUCACCACAUAAUUAUCUCUUUCGAGGGACAGUUGAGAAGAAACGUCUUGUGUGCCAUCUUUCCUCCCUUUCCCUUCCUGCUCAUCUGAUCUCUCUGGACCUGAUUGGUUUUCUGGCUUCUCUGCUAGCAGGGGUGGAUUGGUGUUGCUGGAACUUGUUUUUUUCCUUUUGACCAGUGCCCCCCUUUACAGUUCCAUGUGAGCUGCCAGACUUCAGAAGGGGCUUUGCUGGCCCUCUCCUUUGGAAGUUGGGUGGCUUCUGGUUUUCCCUUGAAAUACUUGUCCCUGGAUCAGAAAUGCAUCAGACGCUGCUUCCUCGUGAGCCUGUCCCGUCCGCAGCCCAAGUAAAGCCUUGAGUCCCUGAUCUGUGAGCUCUGCCUUGGGGGGUGGGGUGGGUUGCUUGUGGUCUCUCUGCUGCUGACCCUCCUCCUCCUGCAGGUGUUGUGCUCCUGGCUCAGCAACAACCCCAAUUACGAAGAGAUCACCAAGUGGUACCUGGGCUGGAAGUCGAUGUUCUCCGACCAGGUGCUGGCCCAUCCCUCCAUCAAGGAAAAAUUCAACGAGGCUCUGGACAUCAUGAACAGAGCCGUCUCUUCCAGUGUCGGUGCGUGAGUGAUGGUUGCCAGCACACAUGUUGCAUUGGCUGGGCAGUGAAGUAAUUCAAGGAUCAUCAUUGGAAACAGUCGCUCAAAACAAUAGUGUCCCUUUUCAUAGAGGAGGAAAAUGGAAGAGACUGAGGCUGCAGAGCCCUGUAGAAGGGCCACGAUUUUCACCAGCCUCAAGCGGCCAUUGGGGAGGGUGGUAGUCCACAUUUGGAGAUCACCAUUUGGGCUACCCUUGCUUUGCACACUUACUCAUGAGUAAAUCCCACUGAAUCCAAGGGGUCGUCCUUCUGAAGACACACACAUAGAAUUGCACUAUGAGCUCCCAUGUUUCUUAUAGUCCUUUCCAGCUCUUCAGAGCAGUUGGUUCUCCUCUUCUUGUUUGCCCCAAUUUCAGAAGGUUUGCUAUUCCUUACCUCGUCAAAAUCAGCACAGUGGGAGAAGAAACAGGGACUGCACUGACAGCGUAUAGUUUAUUAAACUAUGGAACUUGGUCCCCCAGGAGGCCCCCAACUUGGAUGGCUUUCAAAGAGGAUUAGGCAGGUUCAUGGAGGAGGAAAGGGCUAUCAAAGGCUACCAGCCAGGAUGUCUGUGCUCAGUUUCCCCUGUCAGAGUCAGUGAUGCUUCUGAAUACCAGUUGCUAGAAGCCACAGGAGGGAGAGGGCUCUUGUGCACGGGUUCUGCUUGCGGGUUUCCCGCUGGGGCAUCUGGUUGGCCACCGAGAACACAGGAUGCUGGACCAGAUGGGCCCACUUGGGCCUGAUCCAGCUGAGGGCUCCUCUUCUGCUUUUUGUCCCCUCGCUCCACCUUUCCAGCUCAUUGGGUAGCCUUGCAGGCUGUGUGACCCCCUGUGUCCUCUUCCCUUGGGCUCUGGCUGUGUGCUAGGAGGGCCUGUGCAGAGCACAGGCUGCAAAAAUUUGCCAGCUGCCAUCUCAUCUCUCUCCCUUUGCUCCUCUUCCAGGUGGCUACAUGCAGCCUGGGGCCCGCGAGAACAUUGCCUACCUCACACACACAGAGCGCCGGAAGGACUUCCAGUAUGAGGCGAUGCAGGAGCGCCGGGAGGCUGAGAACAUGGCGCAGCGCGGGAUCGGCAUGGCCGCAGGCUCUGUGCCCAUGAAUUUCAAGGACCUCAUCCAGACCAAGGCGGAGGAGCACAACAUCGUCUUCAUGCCAGUCAUUGGAAAACGGCAUGAAGGGAAGCAGCUCUACACUUUUGGCCGCAUCGUCAUCUACAUUGACCGGGGUGUGGUCUUUGUGCAGGGGGAGAAGACCUGGGUCCCCACCUCCCUGCAGAGCCUCAUUGACAUGGCAAAGUGAGGACAAGGUGCUGGGACUCAGGGGGCACAGCACUGCCAUGCAGGCUGCCUUGCCUCAUUCACUGGGGACCGGGAGGUGCAGGAAGGCAGUCCCUGAGCGGGAGCUGCCCCAGUGCGUGUGGGUCGAGGGCUAUGCUGAAACUCUCCUGCCAGGCUGCAGAAAGGCCAGUGCAAACCAAGCGCAUCUAAUGUUGCGAGGUGUCUAGCCCCCUGUAUCUAGGGCGGGGGGCCAAGUACCAUAACCACUAAAUCUGAUUGGAAGCACCUCCACCCUUUGCUCAGCCUUAGUCCACCUGAGCUUCCAAUCAGUGCAUCUAGAAAAUGCUGACGCCCUGAAUAAAAAUGUCAACUUUUUUUUUUUUUAAAGCUCUGUUUUGAGAUGCAGCAGCUAGAGUGAGACAGUAGUUCCAAGUGUGAGAUCACAGCACUGUUGGUGCAGUUUGACCUGGCAGGAGUAAGGGCUUGCUCGCAAUGUUGAACAGGGGAGGAGGUAACUGACAAUAAGAAAUGACCACAAAAGUUCAAUGUGUGUUGCUUUUAAUUAAAAACAUUAUUAG